AUGUCGCCUCGGUCUCGCUUGCGCUUCCCGUCUCGCUUUGAGACCAAGGAAACCAUGGAGAUGGUGAACAAGAUCAGGAUCCGAGCAACGGCUAUAGAACAAGAUCAGGAUAGAUUCUGGGCCGGCGCUGCGGAGGCCGCAACCGAAAUGGCUUCGGCCACGAUCAACCGAAACCUACGCGAUGCGGGCAGCGAAGACGAUAUCACGGCGGGACAGAAAAUGAUUAACUCCCUUGACGUGGUCCGAAACCUCCGCGCCGCCGACCUCGGCGUGACAUCUUGUUGCCGCGAGGUCUUCUUUUCCAACAAUAAUGCCGAGUUCUGCAUCAUGGCACCGCGCUCCGGGCCAGCGGCGGCGGCGACGGUGACGCUCACCAACAUCGACUGCGCAGUGCAGGAGGCGCAGAGGAGGACGAUAAGCUCCACAAUGGACGGAUUCAAGAAGAUUGCCCGCAACGAGGGCUUCACUCGGCUGUGGAAGGGCCUGUCGCCAACGCUCGUAAUGGCGAUCCCGGCCAACAUGAUUUACCUUACUGGGUACGACUGGCUGCGUGUGAACGCCAAGAGCCCGAUUGCGCAGUCGGUACCGGAUGACUACACCCGGCUCCAGGCAACAGCGGGUGAGCCGGGCACAAACCAUGUGCUCGAGACGUUUCGGGGCAUCCAAGAUAUGGUAUCUUCCCAAGGGUACCGGUCGCUGUGGAGGGGACUGACCCUGACGCUGUGGAGGGAUGUCCCAUUCUCGGGUAUCUACUGGUGGGGUUACGAGUACAUACGGGGCAAGCUUACCGACAUGCGGGACGAACGGCGAGGUCGUUCGUUUGACCGCAUCGGACCCAAGAGCCAGGUGCGGCGGCGAUCGCAAAGCCACGACAACCACCGCGAGACGUUUACGGACAGCUUCAUCGCGGGCGCCACGUCGGGAGCUGCGGCGUCAGUGUUGACGAUGCCGUUCGACGUGGGCAAGACGCGCACGCAAGUGUGGCGCGACGGCAGCAAAGCGGCGGCGGAGGCGGCGGUGGCGGGCGUACCCGAGGACAAGUCCAUGGUGCGGCUACUCUGGCACAUUUUCAAGAACGAGGGCGUGGCGGGGCUGUGGAGGAUGGAUCCCCGGACGCUCAAAGUCGCGCCCGCGUGCGCCAUCAUGAUUAGCAGCUACGAGGUCUCCAAGAGGGUGUUUCGGAGCGUGAACGAAAAGUCUGGCCUGGACAGAGCGGGGAGGCUGUGA